CCAAUGGAAGGAAAGAAUCAGUCUGUGGUGUCAGAGUUUGUGUUCCUGGGACUCACCAACUCUUGGGACAUCCAAUUAUUCCUAUUUGUGUUCUCCUCCAUGUUUUAUGUAGCAAGCAUGACAGGAAACUCCCUCAUAGUAAUCACUGUGGCUUCUGAUCCUAACUUACACUCUCCCAUGUACUUUCUGUUGGCUAACCUCUCCUUCAUCGACUUGGGUGUUUCUUCUGUUAUUUCCCCCAAGAUGAUUUAUGAUUUGUUGAGAAAGCAUAAAGUCAUCACUUUUAGAGGAUGCAUCACUCAGAUAUUCUUCAUUCACCUCAUUGGUGGUGUGGAGAUGGUUUUACUCAUAGCCAUGGCUUUUGACAGAUAUGUGGCCAUAUGUAAGCCUCUCCAUUAUCUGACCAUUAUGAGUCCAAAGAUGUGUGUCUUGUUUUCAGUGGCCUCCUGGGUGGUUGGCCUUAUGCAUUCUCUUAUUCAAUUGGCUUUUGUAGUAAACUUACCAUUCUGUGGACCAAAUGUUUUGGACAGCUUCUACUGUGACGUUCCUGGGUUCAUCAAACUUGCCUGUGUAGAUACACACAAACUGAAAUUACUGGUCUUUGUCAACAGUGGAUUCAUAUCUGUGGGCUUCUUCUUCAUACUGAUCAUUUCCUAUAUUGUCAUUAUAUUUACUGUCCACAAACAUUCUUCAAGUGGCUCCUCCAAGGCUCUUUCUACACUUUCAGCUCAUGUGACCGUGGUGGUCUUAGCUUUUGGUCCUGUGAUGUUCAUCUACACAUGGCCUUCUUCUUUCACACACUUGGAUAAGUUUCUGUCCAUAUUUGAUGCAGUUGUCACUCCCUUUCUGAACCCUGUGAUCUACACAUUCAGGAAUCAAGAAAUGAAAAUGGCAAUGAUGAGAACCGCACUGGGAGUGCUGCGAGGCUUUGAACCCUCAGAGCCCAUCACAGUCACCUACUUCUACCAGGUAGCACUGACAAAAAGGUCAGUGGAAGGAGUGAAUCAGUCCCUGAUAUCAGAGUUUGUGUUCCUUGUACUCACCAAUUCUUGGAGUAUUCAACUAUUGCUCUUUGUGUUCUCCUCCAUGUUUUAUGUAGCAAGCAUGACAGGAAACUCCCUCAUCGUGUUCGCUGUGGCUUCUGACCCUCACCUACACUCUCCCAUGUACUUCCUGUUGGCUAACCUCUCCUUCGUCGACAUGGGUGUUUCUUCUGUUGUGUCCCCCAAGAUGAUUUAUGACUUAUUCAGAAAACACAGAGUCAUCUCCUUUAGAGGCUGUCUCACUCAAAUCUUCUUCAUUCAUGUCAUUGGUGGUGUGGAGAUGGUGCUACUCAUAGCCAUGGCUUUCGACAGAUAUGUGGCCAUAUGUAAGCCUCUCCAUUACUUGACCAUUAUGAGCCCGAGGAUGUGCAUCUUGUUUUUAGUGGCUGCCUGGGUGGUUGGCCUUAUUCACUCUCUGGUUCAACUGGCUUUUGUAGUAGACUUACCUUUCUGUGGGCCAAAUGUGUUGGACAGCUUCUACUGUGACCUUCCUCGAUUUAUCAAACUUGCCUGCAUAGACACUUACCAACUGGAAUUCAUGGUCACAGCCAACAGUGGAUUCAUCUCGCGGGCCUUCAUCAUACUGAUCAUUUCUUAUAUUUUCAUCAUAAUCCCUGUACAAAAACACUCGUCAAGGUCUUCCUCUAAGGCUCUGUCCACACUUUCAGCUCAUAUCUCUGUGGUUGUCUUAUUCUUUGGUCCGUUGAUAUUGUUCUAUACCUGGCCUUCUCCUUCAAUACACCUGGACAAAUUUCUGGCAAUUUUUGAUGCAGUUGUUACUCCUUUUCUGAAUCCUGUGAUAUACACAUUCAGAAAUCAGGAAAUGAAGGUUGCAAUGAGGAGAUUUGUUGAUACAGUGGAUUAUAUCGACAGAUUUUCAGAUAUUGAGCCAACCCUGCAUAUCUGGGAUGAAGUCUGCUUGGUCAUUGUGGUCUUUUUUGAUGCAGUUUUGGAUUCUGUUUGUCUGUUUACUAAAUAUUUUCGCAUCAAUAUUUGUAAGUGA